CUCUCUAUUUCUCUCUCUCUCUCUCUCUCUCUCUCUCUCUCCCUCUCUAUAUAUCUCUUUCUAUCUUCCUGUCUUCCUUCCCUCCCCCCCUCUCUCUCUAUCUCUUUCUUACCUCUUUUCUUAUUUCUCCUACUGACAAACCCGUCAGACAAAACGUGGAAUAUCAUCCGUCCCGCUAACCUUCAGGAUCUAGACGGGGCCGAAAACAAGAAGCCAUCUCUCCUCGACUAUUUCUUACAGGAGAAGCGAUAUCGUUAGCAUCUGGGAGCUUUUAUCGGCUGAUGUGACGAAUAUAGAAGAAGUGUAGUAGUCGGUGAUGUCUUCUUGGUAGAAAGAAAAUAAAAAAAAGAAAAAAGAAAAGCAAGAAAUAAAGAAAGAAAGAAAGGAAGGAAGGUAGAAAGGAAGGAAGACAGAAGAAGACCGAAAAAAAGAAGAAAAAGAAAAAAAAUAAUCAAGGAGAAGAAGGAGGAAGAAGAGAGAUUGGUGAGGCGAUAGAUGCACCGAAGAGAAGAGGGAAAAAAGGAGGUGGUGGUCCUGGCGCAGCGAAGGCAGCAUCGUUUUCUUUGUCGUCGAAGUGGUGCCGGUAGUAUCGGUAGUGCUGGUGCUGUUGGUGCCGUUGGUGGUGGUGGUGCCGAGUAAGAAGAAGGACGUCGUCUUUGAAGGAACGACCUGGAGCGGCGGGCGGAGGGAGAGGUGGAGGUGGAGGAGGAGGAGACAUCGUCCCUCCCUCCUGGAGCCGGAGGAGGCAUGAGGAGGAGAGAACGGAGGAGGCUCUGAGGCUCGCCGCUGAAGACAAGGAUGGCUCCGUUCUUCGCCGCGAGCACUCUCGCGGGCGUACUCCGCCCUCUGCUCGCGCUUCUGCUCGCGCUUCUGAUCGGCUGCCCGCGAGCUAUACAUGCGGAACAAGUCGUUCUCCUGGACACAACGACGGAGGCGAAGCUCGAGUGGACGAGGUAUCCCUAUGGACCGCAAGCAAGCACUCCUGGCUGGGUGGAAGAGUCAUUCACAAACUUCGACAAGGGCAUCAAUUGGCGGAGUUACGUCGUCUGCGACGUUGCUUACAACAACGUGAACAAUUGGCUCUGGACGCCGUUCAUCGAGAGGGGUCCGGCGAAUCGCAUGUACAUAGAAAUCAAAUUCACGACACGAGACUGCUCGUUGUUCCCUGGAAAUGCUCUUAGCUGCAAGGAGACAUUCAGUCUUCUCUACUACGAGUUUGAUGCUGCUACGAAAGAGCCACCACCAUGGGAGCCGGACAGUUAUAAACUCAUCGGACGAAUAGCCGCUGGCGAGGGUAGAUUCAACACGAAUACGGAAGUGGUGAUUAACACCGAAAUAAAGUCCGUACCAGUUACGAAGAAGGGCGUGUACUUUGCCUUCCGUGAUCAAGGUGCCUGCAUCUCGCUUCUCGCUAUAAAGGUUUAUUACAUUAGCUGUCCGGAAAUCUCGGUGAACUUCGCUCAUUUUCCGGCGACACCAACCGGCCGCGAAGUUGCCUUGGUCGAACAAACGAUCGGCACCUGCGUCGCAAAUGCCGUUAAGAUCGAGACACCGACGUUCCUUUGCAAGGGUGAUGGCAAAUGGUAUCUACCAAGUGGUGGAUGUCAUUGCAAACCUGGUUACCAAGCGGACAUUGAAAAGCAGCAGUGCAUCGAGUGUCCAAUCGGUAGAUUCAAGCACGAGGCUGGACCCCACAACUGCGAGCUGUGUCCUACUCAUAGCAAAUCGACCGAUCAGGCUGUCACCGAGUGCCGGUGCGAUGCUGAUUAUUACAGAGCUACUGAUGAUCCCAAGAAAAUGCCUUGCACGCAACCACCGUCAGCGCCUCAGAACUUAACCGUCAAUUUUGUGGACCAAUCGACGGUGAUCCUUUCGUGGAACGCACCGCACAAACUCGGUGGUAGGACCGACACAACGUAUAGGGUCGUUUGCGAUGCUUGCAGUAUGGGUGUCAAAUAUAUACCUAACACGGAGAUCUUCAACGAUACGAAGAUCACGAUCACUGGCUUAAAUGCUGUCACGACUUAUCGUUUCCAAGUGUUCGCCGAAAAUGGUGUGUCCGCACAGGCUGGUAAGUCGGAAUACGUGGACAUCACGGUCACUACCGAAGCAAGUGUACCGAGUUUGGUGAGCAAUGUUAGAAUCACGAGCGUCAAAAGUUCCGAGCUGAGCAUUAGUUGGGAUGCACCGGUCACUGAAGUAGGUGGAGAUAGCGAUCACGUCGAGAGAUACGAAGUGAGGUGUUAUCCGCGCUUCGACGAUGCCAUUAACGCCACUGUGAUCCAAACUUCAGAUCUCUCUGCCACUUUUAAAGGCCUAAAACCAGCAACGGAUUACGCGAUUCAGGUUCGAGCUAAAACCACACGUGGCUGGGGCGAAUAUACUCCUGUUAUCUACAAAAAGACACCGCACGCGAUGGGACUCGAUUAUGUCGGUGAAGAUGACAAUAUGCAAGUCAGAAUAAUUGCCGGUGCAGUAGUUGCAGUUGUCGUCCUUCUUGUUAUCAUCAUCGUCAUGACCGUUCUCUUCCUGAGAAGAAACCCUUUACAUUUAAACCCAUACGCUUCACUCGACUCGACUCAUAUAAUGCAAUUUCGAUGCAGCAGGGCCUCAGACGAGUGUAACAAGAAACAGCCGAGCGAUUGCGACACCUUGGAAUACAGAAACGGCGAAGGACUAGUUGUGACCUACAUGCACUGCAAAAUGGACAGUUCACCGAUUGUGACAACCCACACCAACAACAAGAGCAAGUCGUCGCUGACGACGCCGCUGUUCACGCCUGCAGUGGGAGUAACCGGAGCGGGUGCUGGAGGUACAGGUGGAACCGGUGCUAGAAGCUACGUUGAUCCUCACACCUACGAAGAUCCAAAUCAGGCUGUUCGAGAAUUUGCUAGAGAGAUUGACGCUGGAUAUAUCACGAUAGAGGCCAUAAUCGGUGGUGGUGAAUUCGGAGACGUUUGUCGUGGUAAAUUAAAACUACCACCGGAUGGUCGAACUGAAAUCGACGUGGCCAUAAAGACACUGAAACCUGGCUCUGCUGACAAAGCACGGAACGACUUUCUAACGGAAGCCUCGAUAAUGGGUCAGUUUGAGCACCCCAAUGUGAUAUUCCUUCAGGGUGUCGUGACAAAGAGCAAUCCAGUGAUGAUCAUCACCGAAUUCAUGGAGAACGGAAGUUUGGACACUUUUCUUCGAGCGAACGACGGUAAAUUCCAAGUGCUUCAGCUGGUCGGUAUGUUACGUGGUAUAGCGAGUGGUAUGCAGUAUCUCGCUGAAAUGAAUUACGUUCAUCGUGAUCUCGCGGCAAGGAAUGUCCUAGUGAAUGCUGCUCUGGUUUGUAAGAUAGCUGAUUUUGGACUGAGCCGAGAGAUUGAAAGCGCGACAGAGGGCGCAUAUACGACCAGGGGCGGUAAGAUUCCGGUACGAUGGACAGCACCAGAGGCAAUAGCAUUCCGUAAAUUCACUAGCGCCUCCGACGUCUGGAGUAUGGGCAUCGUUUGUUGGGAAGUCAUGUCCUACGGCGAGAGACCAUAUUGGAAUUGGUCCAACCAAGAUGUGAUAAAGUCGAUCGAAAAAGGAUACAGACUUCCAGCACCGAUGGACUGUCCCGAAGCAAUUUAUCAGUUAAUGCUCGACUGUUGGCAGAAAGAACGAACUCAUCGGCCUACCUUCGCCAAUCUCACUCAGACAUUGGAUAAACUCAUACGGAGUCCGGAUACUUUGAGGAAAAUCGCCCAAAACAGUGUUCUUGACAGGGGCACCAAUCCACUGGCGCCGGACGCAGUGGACUUGACGCAGUUGACCUCGGUCAGCGAGUGGUUGGCCUCGAUCAAAAUGUCUCGAUAUGCUGAAAGUUUCGAGAGGGCAGGAGUGACCACGUUGGAGGCAGCAGCUCGCGUUACCGUUCAAGAACUCACCGCACUUGGUAUAACCCUGGUCGGUCAUCAAAAGAAGAUCAUGAACAGUGUGACGGCGUUAAGAGCGCAAAUGUCCGCCACGUCGCAGAGCUUUCUCGUUUAGGAAAGGAAAAAAUGGAGGGAAAGAAAGAAGGGUAAAAGAAAGAAAUCAAACUUUUCGGUAGAGAAACGAGAGUGUCUCGAUCGUCCUCCUGCAUGAAAGCAGGAAUUUUCAGCUUUCUAUAAACGACAGGUCUGGAUCAUGGAUAUCCUUUCAAAGAGGAUAGCAAACUUUUCCUCUUCGUCUCGCGAGCGUUCGUGAAAACGAAGUCAAAGUCGAGUGAUAACGAGAGACAACUUUCUCUUUCUCUCGACGGAGACCUGACAUUUUAAUUCUCGAUAUUAGAAUUAGGAAGACAUUCCAGCGAGUAGUCCCGCUUGAAAAAAAAAUAUAAGAAAGAAACAAAAUUGGCCUCUCCGCAAAUAUCUUACCAACAAUUUAUAUUCCAAGGCGAUCGAUCUAUCGAUCGGAUCUUUCCUCUUCGAACAAAUAUGUACGUAGAUAUAUUAUAUAUAUUAUAUAUACGUACAUAUUAUAUAUAUUAUAUAUAUACGUACAUAUUAUAUAUAUUAUAUAUAUAUACGUACAUAUAUGUAUAUUAUAUAUAUACAUACAUACAUAUAUAUAUAUACAUAUAUAUAUGUAUUUAUAUAUAUAUAUAUAUAUACUGUAGGCAUCGAUUAAGAUUUGUCCUUGACAUAAUACGACGAGGAUUUAAGCGAAAACUAUAAUGAAGGACGAUUGUAUUGCUCGCAAGGAAAAGGAAAGAGAGAGAGGGAGAGAAAGAAAGAGAGAGAACGAAUUCAUUCGAAUUCCUUUCGGAAAAUACGCAAAGGAAAAAAAAGUUGAGCGCAUCCUUUCGCUUUAUUCCUCGUUCUUGCGAUGAAUCGUCACGAGAUCAUCAGACUGAUAUAAACGCGACAGGAACUAGCCGCAAUAGCGUGCAUGCAAUCCACUGCCUUAAAAAGCCGUUUUGCGUCGUCGACUCCCUCGUAUAAAAAGAAUAGAAAGAGAAAAAUUGAGAAAGCGAAAAAGAGAAAGAGGGAGAGAAAGAGAAAAAGAGAAAGAAAGAGAGGGAAUGUACGCGCGUGAAAGCACGUCCGCCAUAAUAAUAAUUUUUUAAAAUUCUUCGAAGGAUCUGUCAUUCGAAUUUCCCGCUACCACAUUGCGACGCCCUUCUUUCGACCAUCAUAUUUUCUUUCCUUUUCAUUUUUCAUUUUUUUUUCUUCUCAUUUUAUUACUUUUGUUUUUUUUCUUUUAAUUUCAAUAAUUUUAACGUGCGUGAUCCUGGAUUCUUUAUAAUACGAGCUAUGAAAAUGUACGGCCUAAUGAGUUUACAUACAACGGAUAAAAGAGUACCACUUUGAUAGUAAAUCAAUAAAAGUACCACCAUUUGAUGAUAAAUGAAUGAAAAAAGGAAGAAUACAAAGGAUCGACAGUCGUAAGAAAACACUGCCUUUCUUUUUUUUUUACUUUUGUAUAUGUAUAUAUAUAUAUAUAAAUAUAUAUAUUUGUAUUUUGGUAUAUACGCAUGUACUUUUUAUAUACGUAUUAUGGACAAACGGUCUAACUAAUUAAUUAGAACAAAUGGUUAUAAGGUACUUUGAUCAUUCACGUUCGUUUCUUCACUGAUUUCGCUGCUGCUGCCUCUUCUUCUUUUUCUUUCCUUAUUCUCUUUCCUUAUUCCAUUAAUGACAACGUAUAACAACGAGGAAGAGAAACGAUCAUAGGAGUUUAUAUUCGAAAUAUUAUUUUCUUGUAACGUAAAAACGAUUAUGUUGUAUUUUAACGAUAAAGAAAGGUGAAGGAAGAAAAAGAAAAUUAGAAAAGUUUUAGUAAGGAAUGGCUUAUAAAUUGCUAAUCAUAACGACGUUUGCUCGACUUGCUUAAAAAAAAGAAAAGAAAGAAAAAAGAAAGAAAGAAAGAAAAGAAAUGACGGUCAUCGUGUUGUUGCUUUUACGAAGCGAUCGCGUGCAAGUAUGUUUGUUUAAAUGUUUGUGUGUGUGUGUGUGUGUGUGUGUGUGUGUGUGUGUGUGUAUGACGCGAGCGAGAGCAUUUUCAACAUGCAAACAAAACGGCUAAUGACGAUGACGACGAGAUAGAAACGGAAAAAGUGAAAUGAGUUUCGAAAUUAUUGUAAAUUUUUGCGUAUGAAAGAAGGAAGGAGAGGGGGAAAGAGAGAGAUGGAGAGAUAAAGGAAGAAAAAAUGAAAGGAAGAUGAUAAAAGUUUCUUGCCUUUGCGUUACCUAUAUGAGUAUAUUGUAUAUGCCUAAUUAAUCGGUCUGUAAAAUAGGUGAUACCUAUCGAGAGUAUCAAAAAUGCGAAAGAAAUAUAACGAAAAGAAAAGAGAUAGUAAUAUAUGUGCCAAGGUGAGCGCGCAAGAACCUUCACUCGCGAAUGAUAUGACCUUAUACGGAGCGUGUGCGUGUGCGUGUGCGUGUGCGUGUGCGUGUGCGUGUGCGUGUGUGUCGACAUAAUAAAAAAGAAAAGAAGAAAAAAAGCGAAAAGAGAAAACAAGAUUGAGGAAAAAUAAUAGAGAGAGAGAGAGAGAGAGAGAAAGAGAGCAAGGAACCAUGGGGACGACUAUAUCGCGGUACGAAUGAUGAUGCUAAAAAAACGAUGUUGUAUCGUCAUCGAUAAAAACCCGAUCUUUAGAUCUUUUUAUGCUAACGUGUAAAGAGAAAAUAGAUUAGAAAUACGGACUCGUCCAUCUUUAUACAUACAUGCAAACGACCGUAAGACCAUGUGCAGAAAAAAGAAAAGGGGGAAAGAAGUUAUUGUCAAUUUGCGAUUCCGAAGAUAAUAAACAGUCUGCCCCUCGGUGUAACGUUAACAUAUCAACGAAUAUCUAAAGAAUAAUAAGAAAAAGAAAAAAAAAAAGAAUGAAAAAUACUAACAAACAAACUUAAACGAAACAAAAAGAAGAUUUAAAAUCCACGAUAUCGUCCAUGAGAAAUAUCGUCGGAGGAUGGAUAUUACUGGCCAACGAGAAACAACGCGGAACGUAUUACCGAAAUUAUUUUACGGUGAAAAUGUUCGACGAGCUAUCACUUUAUCAAUCUUCAGUAGAGAGUAUCAUAAAAAAAAAAAAAAAGAAAAAAGAAAAACGAAGAUAAUGCGAAAGCCUAAAAUUUUCUCGUACCGCUUUUUUUAAUUUCCAUCGUUCCUUUGACUUAUUACUUUUGUUUUUGUUUUGUAUUCGUUUGAUUUUUUUCGUCACCUAUUUUCUUCAAUCAUAUUUCUUCUUCGUAUAGAAUGACUCUUCGCGAUAAGGAACGCGCGAAGGUACGCAUCCAGCCUAACUUUCGUCGCGGAACAACGACCAUUCCAAAUCCACUUAUAUAUACACCUGACAAGUUGAUACUAAAGAAGAAGCGAAACAUUAAAGAAAAAAACAAAAACAAGAACAAAAGAAAAAGAAUAUUGAGAGUGAUAAAAGACAGAGAUAAGGAUAAAGAUAAAGAUAAAGAUAAAGAUAAGAGAUAAAGUUCGUUCUCAUGCGAAGGAUGGUCUGUAUCUUGUUACACCCACAUUCGCUCGACUCUAAAAAGACUGCUACCCCUUCAUUAACCUCCCCCGGCGCGCGACAACCGCGAUAUCCGGCUAAUUGUCCUUCUAAUCGGCGAUUUUAUCAUUGUCGCCGAAAAAGAAUAAAAAAAUAAAUAGAGAGAGAGAGAGAGAGAAAGAGAGAGAGAAGAGAUAGAAGACCAAUAAUCGCCAAUGAAAGAAAGAAUAGUGAAAAAAAAAACCGAGAAAAAGAAGGAAAAUAAAAAUCCGCGUGCGUCGCACGACUUCCAUGAGACAAAGUUUAAAGCCGUGCCACGGGACAUUCUUUUUUACUCUUUAUUUAAUGAAUUCUAACUAGUAAGGUAGUGUUGUCGGCGUCGAAGCAACGUUGGGUUAUGUCUUGAAAUCGAUGUAUACAAUAAAAGGAAUUUUAAAAUGAUGGAUCGACGAAAAAUAGCGUCUCACGCACGGUCGUCCUCUUCGGUUUUUCUUGCAUCAUCUUUCUUAUUCGAGGAUAGCCCAGCGAUGCUUCCGUUUAAUGGAAUAAGUGAUUUUAAUCGAGAUCGUUCGCUUCACGUUAGGUAAAUGAAAUGAGAAAAGGGAGAAACGAGUAUCACGAAGGUUGAACUCCCCUUGAGAUUUAUUUCCGUUAUUCGUCCCUCAACAGAUCUGAUAUCUGAAGCACGUCUUUAAAAACAUCGUGACUUAGAUAAUCGAGAAACAUCACGGGUCACAAAUGCCCGAGAUAGCUCUAUUUGUUUUUUUUUUUUUUUUCUUUUUUCUUUUUUUAUGUAUUUUGUAUUUUAUUUUUGUCUUCUUCUUAAGGGGGGGAGGAGGAACAAAGAGUUACUCAAAAUGGCGACGAUUACGAAGCAAUAAAUGAAUACACGCAAAUGCAGAUUUUUAUAUAAAGAAUGUUAACAAAUUUCAAAAGAUAUUAAUUAUCAAUAGCGCUAUCUUCCUAAAUGUUCGUAUUAAAAGUUAGCAAAAAGUAAGAUAAAAAAUAAGAGGCGGUGAAAAUGAGGAGUACCGCGGAACGACGUUCCAAUUAGGCCAAGGGCGACGCGAAGGGCCUUUAAUUAAUUUGUUCUUGUCCUCGCCCUUGGCCGGAACGACGUCAACCGGUAAGUUUUAAGAAUUUUGAGCUGUAACUAUUUGUGUCUAGCGGCGAAUGAAUGAGUGCGACCUGAAGUUUUGAGAAUGUCGAUAGUUUCAGUGAAUUAUUAGAUUUCAUAGAUCUCUAUCAAUAUUAUACGAUUCGUAGAUGCGAGACGAGAGAGAGGAUAUUAGUUAGAGCAGGAAAAUCUCUUACAUAUAACUUUAACCGAUUUUCCUUUCAUCACCCUUCGAUACCCCUGUUAUCGUAAAAGAAAAUGGGUAGUUUCCUUUCGUAGAUCCAACUCGUUUUUUCUCUCCCAAUAUCAUGAGCUACACUUUCAAAGCUUUUGGAUCGUACUUCAUGUUACAUAUUUUGGUUAUUCUCGUAUACGUGUAAAGCUUUCUAAGAACAAGUCUGGAAUUAUAGAAAUCGAUAAAAGAAAAAAAAAAAUGAGUGAUAGGGGAAAAAAAUAUUGCUUGAUAAAAUUCUUUAAUUUCUUUGUAAAUUCUUCAGUUUCCUUGACGUUUUUUUUCCAGUUUCUUUUUUAUCUAAUAUUUUUGUUAUUAACCGUUUUUGAUUAUCCGUACCGAAGGAACGGACAAAAUAACAGGCGAAAAAAUCAUUGAAUUAUCCCCACACCUUUUAUUACUUAAUUUUUUAUCGAUUAAUGCAUCUGUAUAACUAUUUAUUAAAAAAAAAAAAAAAAAAAAAAAAAAAA